GUGAGACUCAUCAGCUGGCGAGCAGGAUUCGGUAUCUCUGGGUUCAGGAAUCCUCAGGCAGCAGAGAAGACCUGCUCAUCAGCCCCCAGCACAGCCCCCACCCCUACCCCGGUCGGCCACCGAGGGAGGCCCAUGGACUGGGGAGGGCUGUGCCUGACGGCCCUGUGUCGGUCCUUGAGGGCCCAGUGCCCUGACCCUCCUGCCUAGGUUUCUGCCUUUCUCUCUGUCUUUGGUCAGCUGGGGGAGGGGGUAGAGGCCGGGUGAGCAACAUGGCCCAAAGCAAGAGGCACGUGUACAACCGGACAUCUAGUAGCAGCAGGAUGAGUGCGGAGGCCAGUGCCCGGCCUCUACGUGUAGGCUCCCGUGUGGAGGUGAUUGGAAAAGGCCACCGAGGUACUGUGGCCUAUGUUGGGGCCACACUCUUUGCCACUGGCAAAUGGGUAGGCGUUAUCUUGGACGAAGCCAAGGGCAAGAAUGAUGGAACUGUCCAAGGCAGAAAGUAUUUCACUUGUGAAGAAGGACACGGCAUCUUUGUGCGCCAAUCCCAGAUACAGGUAUUUGAAGAUGGAGCAGAUACUACUUCUCCAGAGACACCCGAUUCUUCUGCUUCAAAGGUCCUCAAAAGAGAGGGAACUGAUUCAGCUGCGAAGACUAGCAAACUGCGGGGACUGAAGCCUAAGAAGGCACCGACAGCCCGAAAGACCACAACUCGGCGGCCCAAGCCCACUCGCCCAGCCAGUACUGGGGUGUCCGGGGCCAGUAGCUCCUUGGGCCCCUCUGGCUCAGCAUCAGCAGGGGAGCUGAGCAGCAGUGAGCCUAGCACCCCAGCUCAGACUCCGUUGGCAGCGCCCAUCAUCCCCACACCAGCUCUCACAUCUCCUGGAGCAGCACCCCCACUUCCUUCCCCUUCCAAGGAGGAGGAGGGACUGAGGGCUCAGGUGCGAGACCUGGAGGAGAAACUGGAGACCCUGCGGCUAAAACGGGCAGAAGACAAGGCAAAGCUGAAAGAGCUGGAGAAACACAAGAUCCAGCUGGAGCAGGUGCAGGAAUGGAAGAGCAAAAUGCAGGAGCAGCAGGCAGACCUGCAGCGGCGCCUCAAGGAGGCGCGGAAGGAAGCCAAGGAGGCAAUGGAGGCCAAGGAGCGCUACAUGGAAGAGAUGGCGGAUACUGCUGAUGCCAUCGAGAUGGCCACUUUGGACAAGGAGAUGGCUGAAGAGCGGGCUGAGUCUCUGCAGCAGGAGGUAGAGGCCCUGAAGGAGCGUGUGGAUGAGCUUACUACGGACUUGGAGAUCCUCAAGGCUGAGAUUGAAGAGAAGGGCUCAGAUGGGGCUGCAUCCAGUUACCAGCUCAAGCAGCUUGAGGAGCAGAAUGCCCGCCUAAAGGAUGCCCUAGUGAGGAUGCGAGAUCUUUCUUCCUCGGAGAAGCAGGAACAUGUGAAGCUCCAGAAGCUUAUGGAAAAGAAGAACCAAGAGCUGGAAGUUGUGAGGCAACAGCGAGAGCGCCUGCAGGAGGAGCUAACCCAGGCAGAGAGCACCAUUGAUGAGCUCAAGGAGCAGGUAGAUGCUGCUCUGGGUGCUGAGGAGAUGGUGGAGAUGCUGACUGACCGGAAUCUGAAUCUGGAAGAGAAAGUGCGGGAGUUGAGGGAGACUGUAGGGGACUUGGAAGCAAUGAAUGAGAUGAAUGAUGAGCUGCAGGAGAAUGCACGUGAGACAGAACUGGAGCUGCGGGAGCAGCUGGACAUGGCAGGUGCCCGAGUGCGUGAGGCCCAGAAACGUGUGGAGGCAGCCCAAGAGACGGUUGCAGACUACCAGCAAACCAUCAAGAAGUACCGCCAGCUGACUGCCCACCUACAGGAUGUGAAUCGGGAACUGACAAACCAGCAGGAAGCAUCUGUGGAGAGACAGCAACAGCCACCUCCAGAGACUUUUGACUUCAAAAUCAAGUUUGCUGAGACUAAGGCACAUGCUAAGGCAAUUGAGAUGGAGUUGAGACAGAUGGAGGUGGCCCAGGCCAACCGGCACAUGUUCCUGAUGACAGCCUUCAUGCCUGACAGCUUCCUUCGGCCAGGUGGAGAUCAUGACUGUGUCCUGGUGUUACUGCUUAUGCCUCGUCUCAUUUGCAAGGCAGAACUGAUCCGGAAGCAGGCCCAAGAGAAAUUUGAAUUAAGUGAGAACUGUUCAGAGCGGCCUGGACUUCGAGGAGCUCCAGGGGAGCAGCUCAGCUUUGCUGCUGGACUGGUAUACUCACUGAGCCUGCUGCAGGCCACACUGCACCGCUAUGAGCAUGCCCUUUCUCAGUGCAAUGUGGAUGUGUAUAAGAAGGUGGGCAGCCUCUACCCUGAGAUGAGUGCCCAUGAGCGCUCCUUAGAUUUCCUCAUUGAGCUGCUGCACAAAGAUCAGCUGGAUGAGACUGUCAAUGUGGAGCCUCUCACCAAGGCCAUCAAGUACUACCAGCAUCUGUAUAGCAUCCACCUUGCUGAACAGCCUGAGGACUGUACCAUGCAGCUGGCUGACCACAUUAAGUUCACCCAGAGUGCCCUGGACUGCAUGAGUGUGGAGGUGGGGCGGCUGCGUGCCUUCUUGCAGGUUGGACAGGAGGCUACAGAUCUUGCCCUUCUGCUUCGGGACCUAGAAACAUCGUGCAGUGACAUCCGCCAGUUCUGCAAGAAGAUCCGAAGGCGAAUGCCAGGGACAGAUGCUCCUGGAAUCCCAGCUGCACUGGCCUUUGAAUCCCAGGUGUCGGAAACACUCCUAGACUGCAGGAAACACUUGACAUGGGUGGUGGCUGUACUGCAGGAAGUAGCAGCUGCUGCUGCUCAGCUCAUUGCCCCCCUGGCAGAGAAUGAGGGGCUACCUGUGGCUGCACUGGAGGAGCUGGCUUUCAAAGCAAGCGAACAGAUCUAUGGGAGCCCUUCCAGUAGCCCCUAUGAGUGUCUGCGCCAGUCAUGCAACAUCCUCAUAAGCACCAUGAACAAGCUCGCCACAGCUAUGCAGGAAGGGGAGUAUGAUGCUGAGCGGCCCCCCAGCAAGCCGCCUCCAGUUGAGCUGCGGGCUGCAGCCCUUCGUGCAGAGAUCACAGAUGCUGAAGGCCUGGGUUUGAAGCUUGAAGAUCGAGAGACAGUUAUCAAGGAGUUGAAGAAGUCACUCAAGAUUAAGGGAGAGGAGCUGAGUGAGGCAAACGUGCGGCUCAGCCUUCUGGAGAAGAAGCUGGACAGUGCUGCCAAAGAUGCAGAUGAGCGCAUUGAGAAAGUCCAAACUCGGCUGGAGGAGACCCAGACACUGCUGCGGAAGAAGGAGAAAGAGUUUGAGGAGACAAUGGAUGCGCUCCAGGCUGAUAUCGACCAGCUGGAGGCAGAGAAGGCAGAACUAAAACAGCGGCUGAACAACCAGUCGAAGCGCACAAUUGAGGGGCUCCGCGGGCCCCCUCCCUCAGGCAUUGCUACACUGGUCUCUGGCAUUGCUGGUGAAGAGCAGCAGCGAGGGAGCACUCCUGGGCAGGCUCCAGGGCCCUUGCCAGGUCCAGGGCUGGUGAAGGACUCACCCCUGCUGCUUCAGCAGAUCUCUGCCAUGAGGCUGCACAUCUCUCAGCUCCAGCAUGAGAAUAGCAUUCUCAAGGGAAUCCAGAUGAAGGCAUCAUUGGCAGCCCUGCCCCCUCUGCACGUUGCAAAGCUUUCUCUCCCACCCCAUGAGGGCCCUGCUAGUGAACUAGCAGCUGGAGUGCUAUAUCGUAAGACCAGUCAGCUGCUGGAGACAUUAAAUCAACUGAGCACGCACACUCAUGUAGUAGAUAUCACUCGUGCCAGCCCUGCUGCCAAGAGCCCGUCGGCCCAGCUUAUGGAGCAAGUGGCUCAACUCAAGACUCUGAGCGACACCAUUGAGAAGCUCAAGGAUGAAGUUCUCAAGGAGACAGUAUCUCAGCGCCCUGGAGCCACAGUCACCACUGACUUUGCCACUUUCCCUUCAUCAGCCUUCCUCAGGGCCAAGGAAGAGCAGCAAGAUGACACAGUCUACAUGGGCAAAGUGACCUUCUCAUGUGCAGCUGGCCUUGGACAGCGACACCGGUUGGUGCUGACCCAGGAGCAGCUGUACCAGCUUCACAGUCGCCUCAUCUCCUAAGCACUCCUCCUGCCACUGUCCCCUUCAACCCUCAGCCUUCCUGGUGCCACUCGGCCCAGUGUACAGCCACCUCAGCCAACCCUAGGUAGAACUGUGUGGGCUAAAAACUUUCUGCCCUGUUCAGCUUUGCUCCCAUCUUGUCAGAGCUCCACUCCUGCCCCUUAACCUGGAUUCUUCCAUUUCUGUCCCCAGGAAUUUUCCAUAAUUUGCUGUUCAGCUUUCCCUCUUUCCUGAGGGGCCUUGGGGCAUGUGGGGGGUAGGCUGAAACUCCCACCACCAAAGGUUUAAAGAGGUCCCUCUGACUGAGGACUUAACCCCUUGAUUAAAGCAACUUCUGCUUCAA